GAAAAUAAAUCCGUAUAAUUAUUUUAUAAAUUCAUGACAGGUCAAGUUUUUCCAGCUACUACCAGGAGACUAGUUGAGCACAUGCAUUGUCCAUCAUCAUGUCCGCAAGCCGAAAACCUCCACACAUUCUGGUGUUUCCCUACCCAGCUCAGGGCCACACUCUCCCACUUUUAGACCUUACCCAUCAACUCUCUCUCCGUAACCUCACCAUCACCAUCAUCACCACUCCUAAAAACCUCCCUACUCUCUCUCCGCUCCUCUCCUCCCAUCCUCAAAUUCAUACUCUCGUCCUCCCUUUACCGCCUCAUCCUUUACUCCCCGCCGGCGUGGAGAACGUCAAAGAGCUCGGCAACGCCGGAAACUUGCCCAUAAUCGGAGCCUUAAGCAAGCUUUAUGACCCUAUUGUUCAGUGGUUUCGAUCCCAUCCUAACCCUCCUGUUUCUCUCAUUUCUGAUUUCUUCCUCGGGUGGACUUCACGCCUUGCUAACGAGAUCAAUAUCCCCAGAUUCACCUUUUUUUCCUCCGGUGCUUUUCUAACAACUGUUGCAGACCACUGUUGGAAUUACCUUGAGACUCUGAAGAAUUCGGAGGUUGUGAAUUUUGUUGCCUUGCCCAGAUCGCCUUCGUUCCAAGCGGAACAUCUGCCCUCUAUAUUCCGCCUAUACAAGGAAUCCGACCCGGAUUGGGAAGUUGUGAGGGAAGGAAUGCUAGCAAAUACCUUGAGUUUUGGUUGCAUCUUCAAUAGUUGUGAGGCUUUGGAAGGUGAAUAUUUGGAUUUUUUGAAGAAGAAAAUGGGGCACGAGAGAGUUUUCGGGGUUGGCCCGCUGAGCUUAUUGGGUUCGGAUAAUUCCAGCCGGGGAAACGCCGAUUCCAAUUCUUUUACCCAUGUUUUUGAUUGGCUCGACGAGUGCCCGGAUGGAUCAGUAGUUUACAUCUGCUUUGGGAGUCAAAAACUGAUGAGCAAGGCACAAAUGGAGGCAAUAGCGUUGGGUCUAGUAAAAAGCACGGCUCGAUUCAUUUGGGUUGUGAAAAUGGGCACGACAGAACAGGUGGAGGACGGGUACGACGUCGUGCCUCAUGGGUUUGAGGAAAGAGUUGCUGGGAGGGGCUUGAUCAUAAGGGGGUGGUCGCCGCAGGUGAUGUUACUGAGUCACCGAGCGGUGGGUGGGUUUUUGAGUCACUGUGGUUGGAACUCAGUGGUAGAGGGAAUAGUGAAUGGAGUGCUGAUAUUGGCUUGGCCUAUGGAAGCAGACCAGUUUGUGAAUGAGAAAUUGUUGGUGGAUGACUUGGGGGUAGCAGUGAGAAUCUGUAUGGGGCCAGACUCGGUGCCGGACUCGGACGAGUUGGGGAAAGUGAUUGGUGACUCAAUGAAUGGAGUUGCAUAUGAAGAAGAAAAAAUGAGGGCCAGGAGUUUGAAAGCUAAAGCAGUGGGGGCUGUGAGAGAAGGUGGGAGUUCGUUGAAAGACUUGGAUGAGCUAGUCAAAGAGAUGUGGAAAUCACUGGCUAAAGCUGAAAAAGAGCUUGCAGGUACAGGAUAGAGCAGGAGUCCGGAUAGAGUAAUGAAGUUUUGUUUAUG